CCGCCGAAGCUGCGGCAGGCACAUCGGCGGCUUACUACCUGGUCAAGUGGAUCACCUGGAAAAAGAAGAAGACCCCCAUUAUCACUCAAAGUGACAACGGACCCUGCCCCCUGCUGGCCAUCAUGAACAUACUCUUCCUUCGCUGGAAGGCAAAGCUCCCCGCUCAGACUGAAGUUGUCACCACAGAGGACCUGAUGGCUCACCUGGGUGAGUGUGUGCUGUCAGUUACACCCAGGCAAAAGACGGACGGGAUGGAGCUCAAUUUUCAACAGAACAUGAGCGACGCCAUGGCGGUGCUGCCCAAACUGUCGACGGGGCUCGACGUGAACGUUCGCUUCUCGGCCGUCACCGACUUUGAGUACACGCCCGAGUGCAUCGUCUUUGACUUGCUGGACAUCCCGCUCUACCACGGAUGGCUGGUGGACCCCCAGAGUCCCGAGAUGGUGGCCGCUGUCGGCAAGCUGAGUUACAACCAACUGGUGGAGAAGAUCAUCGACUACAAACACUCGGCCGACAGCACACAAGUCGCCGAAGGUCUGGUGGCCGAGCACUUCCUGGAGACGACGGCCACUCAGCUGUCCUAUCACGGCCUGUGCGAGCUCAACGCCGCUGCCAAAGAGGGGGAAAUGUGCGUCUUCUUCAGGAACAACCACUUCAGUACCAUGAUCAAACACAAGGGGCACUUGUACUUGCUGGUGACGGACCAGGGCUUCCUCCGCGAGGAGGGCCUGGUGUGGGAGUCUCUGCACAACGUGGAAGGAGAUGGGAACUUUUGCGACUCUGACUUCCGCCUGUGUCACCCUCCUCCGAGGGAUCUGGCUGCGGUGGCGCCCCCCGGUGGCUCCCCGCCGCCCUGCGACCAACAGCAGCAGCGCCAGAUCGACCAGGAUUAUCUGGUGGCGGUGUCACUGCAGCAGGAGAGCGGCGGGGCAGCCUCAGGAACCAUCAGCGAUCUAGAGCUGGCCCGGCAGCUUCAACAGGAAGAGUACCAACAACAACAACAACAACAAGCCCCACCACAGGCGGCCGUGCAGCUCAGAGGUCAGGGGUCACAGGCAGGAGGGGCCAGAAGAAGAGAAAGAGACUCAGACUGCGUCCUGCUUUAACUCGUCCCCCGAUGUAGCACACGCGCGCACACAAAAUGCCAAACCUCAGUGCUUUGUGACUGUUUUGCUUUUGUCGAAAGUUUGUCAAAGUUCACCUGUCAAAACAACCUACCCCUACUAGCUUGUGGGCUAAAAAAAAAAAAAUGGCGUUGCUUCGCUUAACCAAGUGCACUCGCUUUCCUAUGUUGAAUGCUCAACUUUAUUUUGGGGUCGUCCAGAUUUACGAUCAAUGCGAGUUUGUUAUUUUAUUAUUUCCACAGUCAAGAAACAGUUACUGUUUGUUUUCAUUUGAUUUGCUGACUUCUAGCCAUAUGUAAAUCAUAUUGGGAUACGUUCAUUCAAAUAAUAAAAAAUACAUUAAGACA